UGCAGCGUCUUAUACUUAAGAGUAACCGGUGGAUACAAAAUCAUGAAAAAUAUUGCUAAAACAUGGUAACCAUUGUAUCGUAAAAGGCACGACACGAGGGCGUAGAUUUCGUUAGGAAAAUCUGGUAAAGCGCGCGGCGUGCGGGCCUCCACUGGCAAUGCCUACAUAUACCCGGCGGGCGGCGCGCGGUCCUCACAUCACGUCUCGGCUUCGCGCGACACACUACACACUCUCCACUGUGACUGUAGACUUGAAAACGUGAACAUGAAACGACUGUUACUUCUCGUGGCCCUGUGCACCUUUGCCGUGGCCAUGGUCCCUAGGCAGAGGAGAGCGAUGGAGGACAACCAAAGUCUCGCAAGCAUCCAGAAGCCAAUCUGCGAGUCGAAGACGCCGUGUGGCUGGCUCUUCUACAAGGAUAACAUUGAAUAUAUUCAUGAGAGAUGGGAAAGAACUAAUGACUAUUGUAUAUGCGCUUCAAAUUUGACGUGUCAAGAAGACGAAAACGAUACUACAGGCAAGGCCAUCAUCAAGAGGUGCAAAGUGCCUGUGCCUCCAGCACAAGAAGAUAAAAAGUCAGACAGCACAGAGAGCUAGCGAGCUACGUUUCGAGAAACUUCAAGCUGUUUAUCGACGACAAAGCAUCCGUCCCUUUUUAAGAACCUAUCUGUGUCAUCCGAUUAAGCAUCGACGUCGUCGACCGGUACAACUAUAACGUUGUCCCAUCCGAUGUCGGAUUCCAAAGCCAACUCUCGUCGGUGUCCCAUCAGCUAUCAGACGUCUGCAGAAAGCCGAUUCGAUAUCUGAGCGAUAUCGUUGAAAACACUAGAGAAUUUGAUCGCAAUGUGGGCUUGUCCAGCGCAGAAUAGCUUCAGACCUUAAAAAACAGCUGCUUAUGUCGGAGAUAAAUACUAAUUUUAUUAAUCAGUACAGAUGCUAUCAAAGCAUCAUAUUGUAGCUAUAAGACAAAUACGAGUAGGUCAGGAAAUGAUCCAAACUUAUUCAAACUCGAGCUCAAAUAACGUACAUACGUUUAGGUUAGAAGCGAACUAAAACCAUAUAAACAAGGAUUUUCAAUAGGACAUAGUUAAUUUGCCAUUUUUUAGAUUAUUUUACAUUUAGUGCAGUCUUGGAUAUUUUAGCAUUUGACUCCUCUGUAUUCCGCCUUGUUAUUUUGUUAAUUUUAUAUUGACUUGAUUAAAUCACUCGUGUGACCGCAACUGAUAGUAGGUUGACCAUUUACAUUUAAAACAUAGCGAAAUGAAAAGUGAUAUUCGACAGGCGAAUGUAAACUUCUUGGCUAUAAAUUAGUAAAUAUAUAAAAACGCACAAAGGCUACUUUCCUGAAACCGAAUGUGGAAACAUUUAACAUAAUUUUGGUGCUUUUCAUUUUUAGUUACAGAAAAGGCAAAAGUGUAUUCAAAUUGUAACGAGUUUUUUUUGCUAUUUCUAUAAUGGUUACUGUAUAGGAAUGUUGAGCUAUACUAGAGAUAUCGCUUAAGGCUGAUAAUACACUACAGAUAAAUUAUAAUAACAACCAGGUUAAUUGGUCUUCAUGAAUUUAUUUUCACAAAACGCAGUAACGAAAGUCGAGUACUUUUUUUUUGUCAUAGUAAAUUUACAAUUUAAUUUCGAAUGGUUACAUAAUAUAUUAAGUAAGAUUCUUCAUCAAUCUGAACAAAUAAAAAUAUAAUAAUAGCCAAUGGUUAAAUAAGUUGUGUUGCUAUCACUUCCAGACAUUCAUCAUUACUAGGUCUAUUGAUUGUGUAAGAUGUGAAAAGUAAAAACAAAUUCGUACCUUGAAUUUGGCAAGAAACGCAGAUGGCGCUGAACGGUUUAAUACAAUAUCCUGUAAAUUCAGUUGUCAAAUUUAAAACUUUGAAUUGUAAUACAGCGCCACCUGGUAUGGUUGUCAAACUAGGGGAUACGUUGCUUUCUUAAACUUUACCCCCCUAUUACUAUCAUUUUUAUUUUUUAAGUAUUUUCUUUAGUAAAUGUGUGAUGGAUACAAUGUUUGAUGGUAUGAGUAAUGAUGCGAUAAUUAAAGUACUUAAUGAUUUUAAUAAUAAGUAGAAUAUUAAGGUGAUAUUCGUCUUUCGAAUAUUCACAUUGCAGUUCCUAUUUUUUUCUUUAAUCAUAAUCAUUAACGAGUAUGUGAGAGUGAGGGCUAGAUUUCAUUAGAAACAGGCUUUUUGUAAUAAUUGCAGUUUUCUUUUAUGACAUACUGAGCUGUAUUAUUAAAUAUGUUUUAUUAAUAAGAUUUUCUUAAUAAUUAUUUUUUAUUUUUUAAAUGAUUAAAAUAAAUGACUAAUU